UGUUAACUGCAUGUAAAUAUGUUCAAACUAGUUUGCAUUUAAACAAACUUUUUAUUAAAACUUACCAUGUUUGCUCGACGUUGACCACCCACGGAGCUCCAUUCUGCCCGAUGUGUGUGGAAUUCAAGCCCCCAGGCGGCCACCAAAGAAUGGCUGUCGUUAAAAAUUCAUCCUACGGACCUGGCGGCGUAACUUUCAGGCUCAUUUCCUCCACUCCGGCCUGCUUAAAACUCCCAGGUGGAAGCGUCGCCAGUGACUUGGGAAGUACUACAUGCGCCAUUAAAGAUUAGCAAAACAAACAACAAUUGGACCUGUUGUAAUUUUCGCGCUUUUUUAAACUUCCGUAUUUGGACCCAUUCCGGAAGAAUGACAGGUGUCACGUGACCAGGGAACUCCAGUGACGCUGGCUGAAGGUGCGUGCGUCAGGAAAGAAGGCUUCAUGGGGACCAAGUUUAGGCAGAGUAGAUGUGCUGUGGCAAGGCGCACGUGUCCUCAUACAGAUACAGCACCAGCAAAGACAGCAAGCACAAACUUACCCAGGCAUAUCUAAAGUCUAUCUUAAAGUAUUUUGUCUGCAAGAAAAGGCAUGGUGUGCUCCUAUAGCUAACUUGUAAACAUGCCUGGAAAGAAAGACCCAAAAAAGGAUGCAAAAAAGGGUGGAAAGCCAGAACCUGAAAAGAAGAAAGAGGAAGAAAAGAAAGAGAAGGAUGACAAGAAAGGGGGCAAGGAUGACAAGAAAACUGCCAAAGAUGAUAAGAAAAGAGGAAAGGAUGACAAGAAAGUAGGCAAAGAUGAUAAAAAGGGAGGCAAGGAUGAUAAAAAGGGAGGGAAAGAUGACAAGAAGGGAGGUAAGACCGAUAAGAAAGGAGGGAAAGAUGAUGGAAAGAAAGGGAAAGACAAAGGAAAGGGAAAGAAAGUAGAGUCAGAGGAGGAAGAGGAUGAGCUUCUGAGUGAGGAAGAGGAGGAGCUCAGUGAAGAAGAUGAGGAGGACUCAGAAGACUACAUGAGAGGGAGGGGGCGAGGAGGCCCGGGGGCAAGAGGUAAGAGAGGGGGUAAGUCCAGACGGGGUGAAGACUCGGAAGAAGAUGAGGAUGAGGACGAUGAAGAGGAUGAUGAUGAUGAGGAUGAUGAAGAUGAAGAUUAUGAGAAGUCCAAAAAGAAAUUCAAAGAUCACCACCACCGCCAUAAAGAAGGGCGGUCCGAUGCUGAUCCCAAGAAGAAGGCAAAGAAGAGAGAGGAGGAGGCGCCAAUCCCAAUUAAGGAGAUCCCAAGAAAAGGCCUGAAGAACAUGUCCAGGUUAUUUAUGAAGUUCUCUGGCUUCAAGAAGCGGCGCAAUAGCAGGAAGAAGCUAAAAAGCACAUCUCGCUUGUUCCUCGGCCUGGGUAAGAGAAGAAACCGACUGGCUAAGAAGAAACGCCGCAAGUCCAUGCUGAAGAACACUUCUCGCUUCAUGAUGCGGUUUAAGGCCAGCAAAAGGAGAAAAAAAGAGGCCAAGGAGAGGGCGGCAGAGGCAAACGGCGGAAAGAAGCCCACCUACAUGCUGCUUCGCCUGGGCGGUGGGGGGAAUUCACCCGAGAAGAAGAGCGGCUUCUUCAAAGGCUUGUUUGGCAAGAAAAAUGGCGACGGCCAUGCUGCCGGCUUCAAGCACAGAAGCGUUCUUCUUGGUAGGGUUGCUGCCGCAACUAAUUGGCUGGCCAGACGUUUUCAGUCCACAAAGAUGCGAGGACAUGUGGGACACCACGACUGGGUCGGUCAAAGACGGCAAAGCCACCGACAUCAUCUACAUGGUUACCAUAAUAACGGUUAUGAGCACUGGGAGGAGAUGCAAGGAUAUGAUCAACAACAUCCACUCCACCAAACAGGCUACAGACGUGGUGGUUAUGGUGAUGAGGUGGCUUACGCAGGCCAGGAUUCAUAUGGUUAUGAUGACAAUGGAGCAGCAGGAGACUAUCAAGACUUGGGCUACUAUGAAGAAGAUGGUAUCUAUGACCCCAGUGCAGAAUAUUAUGCGCAAGAGCUCUAUGAUGAGGACGCAGGGGUCUACUAUGACCCCUAUCUCGCUGCACAAGGGUACUAUGACAACCAGGAAGCAGAUUACUAUGGCUACCAGCAACAACAAGCAAUGCCUAUGUAUGAAGAUGAGGGCAUAGACUACUAUGCGCCAGUGGGGGAGGAUCCUAUAUAUGCGGUUGAUGGAAUUCCUCAGGUUUAUUAUGAUGAAACUGGGCAAGGAGUUUUUUAUGGCAAUGGACAAGGGGAUUAUUAUGACAAUGGACAGGCGUAUGCAGCAGCUAUGGGAAUGCAAGAUGGAGCGCUACCAAACUACCAAGCUAGCUUUAAUGCUGCAGGUAUGCCCUACCAAGACUCUCAGCAGAUCAUUGGUUAUCCACCAGGAGGCCAGCAGGUCUUUGGCUUUGGAGGGCAAGCAAUGGACAUGCAGGGUCUGUAUGGGGACCAAUUUGCAGACCAGAUGGAUCAAUAUGUGGGUGAUACUGGUGGAGUUCAGGGGAGAGAGACAUUCAGAGUUCCCAGACCUCAAGUGCGCUUAUUUGGGAAAGAGCGCCUUGAUGUGCCGCUUCCGCCUCCACCUAAUCUACCACCAGAUCCAGAAUUUGAAGACAUGUCAGAUAUCCAGUAUGAAGACCAGAUACCCCUCGCACCAGGUCACCCCACUACCAUGAUGCAACAAAUGCCAAUGUUACCGCAACAAAUCAUCAUGUCUCCACAGGAGCGCAUGAGGAUGUCCUCUCAACAGCAAAUGAUGACGAUGCCAAUGAUGACACCACAGCAAAUGUUAGAAGAGCAAAGUAUGUUGCCCCAAAUGGUUCCCCCACAAAUCAUGUCGCCGCAACAGAUGUUAACCCCACAGCAAGGGAUGUUGCCACGGCAACCGGUGAUGGCUCCCCAAGCAGUGAUGUCACCAGUAGAGCAGAUGUUGUCACAGCAGCCGGUGAUGCCACCGCAAAUGGUGAUUCCCCAAACAAUGGUGUCAGCAGAACAACAGGUCAUGUCACAGAAACCGGGAUUGUCGGCAAAAAUGAUGAUUCCCCAAACAAUGUCACCAGAACAGCAGAUGAUGUCACAGCAUCCAGUGAUGUCGCCGCAAAUGAUGAUUCCUCAGACAAUUAUGUCAGCAGAACAGCAGAUGAUGUCACCACAAAUGAUUAUUCCUCAAACAAUGAUGUCAGCAGAACAGCAGAUGAUGUCACAGCAGCCAGUGAUGUCACCGCAAAUGAUGAUUUCCCAAGCAAUGAUGUCAGCAGAACAGCAGACAAUACCACAGCCAUUAAUAACAGACCCCUUGGUAGUGUCACAACAGCAGCAGGCUUACGGCCCUCCCCCAAUCCCCACACCAACUGCAAUGAUUAUAAAGCAAGCAAGCAUGUCCCCCCUUCCUGCACGUCGCCUACAACCCUCUCCAAGUCCAUCCCGACGCUCAGUGAUCAUUCCCUCCCCUCCCCUACAUCAUCCCAAUGCCAUGACUUCUCCGGCCCCCUCCCCACUCCUGCCACAGAGACAAAUCCCCUUUCCACAUUCAGCCAUGACAGGUGGUGUCAUGAAUACCCAAAGAACCCCCUCUAUCAUUUCAAGACAAAUUUCACCUCCCACCUCACCUAUGGCCUCCCCUUUUGUUCGUCAAAGGAUGCAGUCUCAGUCCCCCCUGGCUAGGGGACCCUCAAAAUUGCAUUCUCCCCGCACUUCAAUGAUUAGGCGUAGUCCUCCACCCUCACCUAGAGCCUCAGUGAUACAGCACUCUUCGCCCUCCUCACCACGUGCCUCCAUGCGAAGGCAAAGUCCCCCGCCAUCACCCACUCCUGUCCACAGUCCAUUUGCUGGAAGAAGGAUGAAUUGGUCACCCUCACCAGGUCAUGUAUCCCCCACUUUCUCUCCUCAAUUCAGCAGACGGCAAUCUCCAACUCCAUCUCGCCGAAGUUUGUCUCCUGAAGCACCUGGACCCUCAGCAUCAUCCCCCACUCUCUCCCGUCGCUCCACUCGACUGCUCAGGGACCCUACACCAUUAACCCGACCCAGGAUGGGGGGCAAUGUUCCACUUGGUACUGUUAGACCUUCACCUAUGGGUCUUAGAGGGCGUCCAGUACCCCCACCUACCCAGAAUGUUCGUCCAUUCCGUGCCUCCUCUAUAAGAAGCAAUCGGUCCUCUGUUCUUACAAUAGACUCCUCUCUCCAAUCUUCUCCUUUCCAGUCACCUCACAUGAUCCACCGUGCUCCCCCUAUGAGAAGAGAGUCUGGCCGUUUCCCUCGACGUCCUGUGGCUCGUGGACGUCCACUCGUGGUGCAGAAUUCUUUGAGGAGAAUGCCUUCUGCUUCACCACAACCCUCGCUAAAGCACAUGUCACAUCCUGCAUCCCCGCACCUCUCUCCUCGACAUUCUCGGAUCUCCUCCUCCGUCUUCCCUCCUCAAAGUGUCCAUCCACCUGCUCAUGCAGCCAAUCCGUAUGCCUCGACCCCCUACUUAGAUCCUUUUACUGACACAAUUGCUACUCCCUCAUCUCCCAUUCUAUCUAGUUCAUUGCAAAAUCAGGCUAUUAGACAGGCCUCUUUAAUUUCCCCUCUUGGCCCACAAGCAGUCCCAGCCGUAGGCAUAGAUGACAUGGGUGCUCAGUAUGCAGAACCUUAUCACACCUCUUCCCCUUCACUUUCUACUGCAAUGCAAAACCAAGCCAUCCGAGAUGCCACCCUUGUUUCCCCAUUGGGCCCUCAUGAGUCACUUUUGCCCCCUUCAUCUCCCCUUUUGUCUGGAGCACUGCAGAAUCAGGCAAUUAGAGAUGCAUCUUAUGUUUCUCCUUUGCAAAGGCCAGUAUCUCCUUAUGGACAGUCCAUGGCCCCUCCCUCCCCAAUGGUUUCUAGAGCUUUGCAAAACCAGGCAGUGAGAGAAGCCUCCUAUGUGUCUCCCAUUCCAAGGCCUCAGUCCCCUUAUGCCUCAUCUGUACUGUCAUCACCACUGCUUCCUGGAGCUAUAAGGCAUACUCAGGCACUCCAAGGUGUAGCUUCCUAUCCAACUCCACAGUUCCACUCACCAUAUGGACAGACUUAUGUUACUGCGUAUGAUUACAUAUCUGAACCUGGCCCAGCACCACUGCUCUACGAUGCUUUGCAGAACCGGUCCAAUUUGCAGAAUGUCACUUCUCUAAGAUCCCCAAUGAUGCAACGCCAUAACCCUUAUGCACCAGCUGGGCCAAAGCUCCAUAGUGCACUACAGCAGAACCCAAAUAUCCGCCAAGCAUCCUAUCAGUCUUCUUUGCAGUUCAAACGGUCCCCAUACGGACCCCCACCACCCUCUUCACCAAUGUUGGCCACUGCCCUUCACAAUCCACAGUUGAUGCAGGCAUCAUACCGGCUGCCAGAUGGAACCUUGGUGUCGCCUUAUGCAGAACCACGUUCUUCACCACAGCUUGGUCAAGCCUUGCAAAACCAACAAAUCCGCGGUGCUUCAUACAUGUUGCCAGAUGGAUCAGUUAUUAGGGACCCACGAAUUCCCCAGAAGCCUGUGUCUCCUAACCUUACCAGAGCUCUUCAGAACCAGGAUCUCAGGAAUGCUACAUACACUCUACCUGAUGGCACAAUUAUAGAUCCGAGACAGCAACAACCUGUUUCACCAGACUUGGCUAAAGCCCUGAAGAACCCAGCUCUCCGUGAAGCUUCCUAUUCGCUCCCAGAUGGUACCAUUGUCAUUGACCCAAAGAAACCAAAAUCACCCAACCUUGCAGCUGCACUUCAGAACCCUUACCUGAAAAGCGCGUCUUACACACUGCCUGACGGUACCAUUAUCAUUGAUCCAAGGAAGCCCGUCUCUCCGAAUCUUUUCAAUGCCAUUCAGAACCCCGCCCUCAGGAAUGCCUCCUUUAACCUGCCGGAGGGAGUUCGUGACCCAAACACACCCAUACCACCAGACUUGUUAAAGGCACUUAAUAACCCAGCCUUGAAAGGGGCAACUCUCACCCUACCUGAUGGAACCAUGAUAGUUGAUCCGAGAAAACCAAAGAGUCCCACCUUGACAGCCGCCCUCCAGAACCCCUACCUUAAAGGUGUAUCCUACACCUUGCCCGAUGGAACCAUCAUCAUUGACCCACGGAAACCACUCACUCCUGACUUGUCCAAAGCUCUUGGGAAUCUAGACAUUCGAAACGCUACAUAUCAGCUCCCUGAUGGUUCCCUGAUCAUUCCCGGUCAGCAGCCUAAAACUCCAAACCUUUCAGCUGCCUUGAGGAACAACAUGGGCCUUCGUUCUGCAGAUCUCUUCCAUCUUCCUCAAACCUCUAUCUUGACAGGAGCACCUAAACCCUCCACCCCAAACCUCGCCACUGCCCUGAACAAUGAAGACCUGCGUGGCGCCCGUUACAGGCUGCCAGAUGGCUCCAUUCUAACGAGACGAUUCCAUAAUCCCAGUCUGGUUGAUGCAAUCCAAAAUCAGCAGCUUCGCUACGCCUCAUACAGGCCACCGACAGGAUUACAGGGUGCAGAUAAUCGAUACGCUGUGAUUCCACCCUACGGGCCAUACUCAGGGCACUGGGCCAGGAAUGCCAGAGGGGGUGGGGAACGAGGGGAGGACGUUUGGGCUGCCGAGAGAGUUUUGCCCCACGGCACAGUCCAGAAUCUGGCCAAAUGGUCCAUGUACAGGGAAGCUGGAGUAUUGGACGGGUAUUUACCCACACCUAAAGUUGAAGAUGGUCAAAUUCAGGAUCCAGACUGGACUCCUAUCAGAGAGACAAUGCCUGGGCAAAGCUGGUAUGAUAAGAUCUACUCUGUCUUAAGCAUGCCAACAACUGGCCACAGGGUAAAACGCUGGGCCGAGGGCAUGGAAGACUUGACACAGCUGCCCGAGCUGAAUGAGACCACCGUUCUGAUGAAUCUCAAGAAACGCUAUGACCAGGAGCUCAUUUAUACCUACAUUGGCAGUAUCCUCAUGUCUAUCAACCCUUACAAGUUGCUUCACAUUUACGGCACAGACACAGUACGCCAAUAUGAGGGCCACGGCUUGAGCGACAACCCUCCUCAUCUUUUUGCCCUUGCUAAUCUCUCGUACACGAACAUGAUGGAUGCCAAAAACAACCAGUGUAUUGUGAUCAGUGGUGAAAGCGGGUCUGGGAAGACUGAAGCGACUAAAUUGAUCCUACGUUAUUUGACAGCCAUACAUCACAAACGCAAUGUAACCCAACAGAUCGAGAUCCUAGAAGCCACACCUUUGUUGGAGUCCUUUGGGAAUGCCAAAACGGUGCGCAAUGACAACUCUUCACGCUUUGGCAAAUUCACCCAGAUCUGCAUGGAGGAGGGUGUAAUCAGCGGUGCCAUAACAUCUCAGUACCUGUUGGAAACGUCCCGCAUUGUCUUUCAGGCCAAAUCGGAGCGGAACUAUCACAUCUUCUACGAGAUGUUGGCGGGUCUUCCUCCGCACGAGAAGCGCUCGCUGUAUCUGCAGGAUGCUGAGACCUACUACUAUCUCAAUCAGGGAGGCAACUGCAAGAUCGACGGGAAGGACGAUGCAGAGGACUUCAGGCGGCUUCUGAAUGCCAUGGACAUCCUGCGCUUCACCCCCGAGGAGCAGAAAGGCAUCUACAGACUUUUGUCCUCCGUCCUCCAUCUUGGCAACGUCUACUUCCAGCCACACCAGGCCAAGGCCGAAGGUCAGGAGGCAGCAUCAGUGGUGAGCGCUCAGGAGAUUCGGGUGGUGGCAGAGCUGUUGCAGGUGUCUCCUGAAGGCCUGCAGAAGUGUGUCACUUUUAAAAUGAUGGACACAGUCAGGGAAAAGAUCUACACUCCGCUCACAGUGGAGAGUGCUGUGGAUGCCAGAGACGCUGUUGCCAAGAUCCUCUACUCGCUGCUCUUCAACUGGCUGACGGAGCACAUCAACGGACGCGUGUACCCCCGCAACAAAGCGCUCUCCAUCUCCAUACUGGAUAUUUAUGGAUUUGAGGAGCUCCAGGUGAAUAGUUUUGAGCAGCUAUGCAUCAACUACGCCAAUGAAACAUUGCAGUUCUACUUUAACAAAGUCAUCAUCCAGCAGGAGCAGGAGGAGUACAUGCGCGAGCAGAUUGAGUGGCAGCAGCAGCCCUUCAGCCACAACCAGGCCUGCCUGGACCUCAUUGCCGCAAAGCCUCAUGGGAUACUGCGCAUACUGGAUGAUCAGUGUGGUUUCCCUCAGGCAACAGACCACACCUUUCUUCAGAAGUGCCAUUAUCACCAUGGUAACAACCCUCUCUACAACAAGCCAAAGAUGCCACUGCCAGAGUUCACCCUCAAGCACUAUGCUGGGAACGUCACCUAUCAGGUCCACAAGUUCUUGGACAAGAACUUUGACACAGUCCGGCAGGAUGUCUUGGACCUCUUCAUCCAGAGCAAAAGCAGAAUGGUGUCCGACCUCUUCCUCAAACAUUCCGAGACCAUGUCCCUGCAGCGCUCCCACACGCGGCGCAGCAGCACAGCUCGCCGCUUCCAGGCCAACACGGUCAGCGCAAAGUUCCAGAGUAGCUUGCAGGAGCUGUUGGAGAAGAUGGAGAGGUGCAACCCUUAUUUUGUGCGAUGCAUCAAGCCAAACCACCAUAAGGAGGCCGGAGUGUUUGACACGGAGCUGGUGUGCACUCAGCUGCGUUAUUCCGGAAUCAUGGAGACCAUCCAGAUCCGCAAGGAGGGUUAUCCGGUCAGACUGCCGUUUCACAACUUCCUCUCAAGGUACAAAGCCCUGCUCUGUAUGAAAGACCGGCCGCCCGCCGUUGGAGAAAACUGCGCCAUCAUGCUGCGCAAACUAGGCCCCGUCAAGGUUGGCUCCUUUCAGCUGGGAGUCAGUAAGAUCUUUCUAAAAGAGGAUCUACAUCAGCUGCUGGAGGGCAAGCGUGACCGCCUGCUCAACAUUGCCGCCCUCACAUUGCAAAGAUAUGUGCGCAUGUACUUCAUCCACAAGAACUUUGUCAAGUUCCGACGCUGCAUGACACUGUUUUGGGCUCGCUGCAAAGGCUACGUGAUUAGAAAAAAGUUGUCUCUGAGGAGGAAAUACCUCAUCAAGCUUCGCUCCAUUGUGCUGCUCAUUGUCAACCGGCAGCGUUACAUCAGAACGGUGGUGCAGCCCGCAAGGAAGGCUGAGGAGGACCGCAUCAACAGAGAAGUGGUGAAUGUCACCACACUGCCCAUCCCCGCUGAGCUGGCGGCGCUGCUGCAGGCAGCUUCAGGUGGAGUGGAGCUGCACUCGGACUGCUUGGCACUCGUCCAGGCUCCAAAGGUUCAUGUUGACCCCCAGCUGACCUUGCCCCUGGACAUCAACAACUACCUCAUGACUCAUUACAUCCGCGCCAUAUUUAGGGAGCCGUUGUUUGGGAUGCUGACAGCCCCACUGGAGAAGUCGCUGACCCGACUGGAUCAGGAACUUACACAUGGAGCCCUCGACGUUUUUCUGCUGAUACUUCGCUUCAUGGGCGAUCCCAACCUGAACGGGGCUCAAGAGAAUCUCUUUGGCAACUACAUCAUCCAGAGAGGACUUGCCAAUCCCGACCUCCGAGAUGAGAUCUUCGCUCAAGUUGCCAACCAGGUGUGGAGGAAUCCCAACGUGCUGAAUUCUGAGCGGGGUUGGCUCCUGUUGUCCUCCUGUCUGUCCACCUUCCGUCCUUCUCAAAGGCUGGCCAAGCACCUGCUCAAGUUUGUGUCCGACUACGGCCCGGAUGGCUACGACUCUGUGUGUCAGCACCAUCUGCUCCAGGCCAUGCAGCGGUGGAGCAUGGGGCCGGAGUACGUGCGCACAUACCCGCCCUGCCUGCUGGAGUGGACCGCCAACCGCAAGAGAGCGCACACAGUCCUGCACGUGCACUGUUUUGAUGCCGUGUCCGUCCUUUGUCCUGUGCGCUCAUGGUCUACGGGGGAGGAGGUGGCCAAAGACAUCCUACAACACAGGGGUGUGACAGAGGGUCGUCGGGGGUGGUCCGUUUUGUUGAAGGAGUCAGCCCAGUUGGUGGAGCUGGAGGGGUCAGACUACGUCCUGGACCUUAUGUCAGACCUGGAGCUCCCGGCAGACUUCCCUAAGCACAGCAGCUACUUCAUCAUCUCUGCACAAGAGCCAGGCAGAGUCAGGCCCAAUGCGAGCAUAAGUCUGCUGGGUGGCGGUUUUGACAGCAAUGAUGACAUCAUAUCGUCAGCCAUCAGCGCCUGUGAUGCAUUGGCGAGCCAGGAUGCAGAGCCUCAGCGAGGAAUGGAUUGUUAUCUGGACAGCUUGUUUGACCCCGUGCUUUUUGACGGAACUGCGGAAGUGAAUUCUCCUGCGGUCCUCUCUGGCAGGAUGAAGGGUGCCGGGGGAGUUGGGUGGCACGACCAGGGCCAGUCCGGUGGCCCCCCUCCUCCACCUGGCGCUGUGCGAGUCCUUCCUGUGGGAGGAGUGAUGUCGCCCCCUGUUGCAGCGGUGGCCCCCGUGACACCUGAGGCCCAACAGGCAGUUCUGGCCCGGCAGCAGCAGACCAUCGUGAACCAACAGGCCGUCAUCAUGGCCCAGCAGAUGACCAUGCAGGCCAUGGCCAUGGUCAACCCUGUGUCCAGCCCCCCUACCUCACCCAUCACAAGCCCUCCCACCAGCCCCCAGCUCCACCAUCCCCCCAGCCCGUACGCUGCCGUCCCCACAAGUCCGUACGCCAACAUCCCUCCCAGCCCGUACGCCAACUUCACGCCAUCUCCCUACGCCGCCGUCAGCCUCACUCCCAGCACGUACCCUCCACCCCCGGCGGCGCACACUUCAUCGCAGCCCCCGGAUCAACCUGUGCCGGAGGCGCCAACGUGGCCCCAGACACCUAAGAUGAACCCUGCUGGAACCGACAGAACUGGGUCGACGCCGCCGGAAACUAAUGUGCCCGCGCAGAAGGACAGCAUUCCUCGUCGGAGAGCCCCGACAAUUCCCAUCAACAAGGACAAACUUGCCAAAAAGUUUGCCCCAGUGGCCACGUCUCCUCCGCCUCCUGCUGGUGAUGUGGUGAAGUACUCACCUCGGUCUACAGAGCACAUUGUGCCCAGCCAAGACAUUCAAGAAAUUAUCAGGAGGUACAACUCCCCGCCUCCACCAAUGGAGGCCUUUCCACCUGGCAAAAGGAGACCAGAGGGGAAAUUCAAGAAAAAGCAAACGCCUCGUGAUGAAGCGUUGCAGAUCCUAAAACCUCAGAUGGACAACCCUCCUGCUCCACAGCCUAAACGCCCAGUGGCUCCCCCGCCUUCUGCUCCUGUGAUGAAGGAGACCAGCUUCAAGCCCAACAAGAACACCAAGACCAGAGCACCAGGUCGUCCGGUUCUGGUACCUCCAUCAGUGUCUCGAGAGCUGCCAGUGGAAGCAGAGAGCAUCCAGACACAACUGCGGCAGAGCACCAACCAGGAACACUACACCUACACCAACGUUCCCUGGAGGCUUUACCUCAGGAAAGAGGUUUUUUAUCCCAAAGACAGCUUCAACGACCCACUGGUGCUGGACCUCAUUUUCAAGCAGAUAGUCAACGACACUCUGUCAGAAGCAUGCGUCCGCAUCAGGCGGGAUGAAAGACAGAGGAUGAAAGCUCUCUUUGACAAACAUGGGGUCCAACAGAACAUGGAUCCAGUGGAGGACCACGUGAAGAAAACCAUUGUCACAGCUGCCAGGGACACCUGGGAAAUCUACUUUUCUCGACUCUUCCCAGCUUCGAGCAGUGUGGGAACAGGCGUGCAGGUCAUAUCAGUGUCUCACAGUGGCAUCAAGCUGCUGAAGACCGUGAGGAGCAGCACCGCAGCUCCAGACUACUUCCGAGUCCUCAGAGCCUACACUUACGCAGACAUCCUGUUUGUGACCAUCCCAUCUGAGAACAUGCUGGAGUUCAACUUGACCAACGAGAAGCUCAUACUGUUCUCGGCCAAGGCACAGCAGGUCAAACAUCUGGUGGACAUCUUCAUCAACGAGAUCAAGAAGGAUUCAGACUAUGUGAUCGCAGAGCGUAACUUUGUGGCGGACAACCGCUCCUUGCUCAACUUCCACAAAGGUGACAUUAUCAGGCUGCAAGUGCUGGACGGGCUGGAGAAAGGGUACAGCUAUGGCUGUGUGGUGAGGAAGAAAGUGGUGUUUUUGGAGGAGCUCAAGAGGGACACGCAGGACUUUGGUUGGAAGUUUGGCGCAGUGUUCGGACGCUCUGGUGCCUUCCCAACUGAGUGCGUCCAUCCGGUGGCACCUCCGGACUUCUUGUCCCUGCCGCUGGACCGCAAGGCGGAGCCCCAAGGAGGGGCGGGCCAGUUUGCCGUGUCAUCAGCGGUGGCGGUGGCUGUGGCAUCCACCAUGGCCGCACACGAGAUCGAUCAAACCAUUGAGAGGGUUUCUCUGGACGGCUUUGAUGGCGACGUGGACGAGAGGACCCUGCAGGACAGCAAAUACGACAUGCAAGAAUUUGCCAGGAAGUACUUCAGACAGGCAGCCAGUGGGAGGGGGGAUUCCCUGAAGAACAAGAGCAAGAGCCAAAACUCCAGGGUACCUGAGGAAAUGGUCAAGUUCUCCAAGGCACCCCUGAGUGAGUCUCUGAUAGAGUUCACCGACCCGGCCAUGAACAGAGUGGCAGCGGACCUUUUUCUCUUGGUGAUGCGCUUCAUGGGUGACGCUCCGUUAAGGGGACUGACGGAACAGGAAGCGGUCAGCACUUUCCUCAAGCUGAUAGGAGAAUUCACCUUGAUGAGGGACGAAGCUUACUGUCAGGUGGUCAAACAGAUCACCGCCAACACCAGCUCUAAACUUGACAGCUGCCAGCGAGGGUGGAGGCUGCUGUACAUCCUAACUGCUUUCAGUCGCUGCUCCGAGGUCCUCAAGCCCUUUCUGCUCAAAUAUCUGAAGCAGGCCUCACUCGGCACCGGCGUACAGUAUCAAGGUAUCGCCAAAGCGUGUGAGCAAAACCUGAAGAAGACGUUCCAACAUGGCGGCCGCACUGUUCCACCCAGCAGCAUGGAGCUAAAAGCCAUGAUGGCGGGGAGAAGCUCCAAGCGUCAGCUCUUCCUCUUUCCAGGAGGCAUCGAACGUCACGUGAAAAUCAAAACAUGCUCGGUUUCCCUGGAGGUGAUUGAGGAACUGUGUUACGAGAUGGGCUUGCACAGACUGGAGGCCAUCGAGGAAUACGCCAUAUUUUUAGUCACCAGCAGAGGUCAGAACGUGCGCCCUCUGAACAAGCAUGAGUACAUCCUGGAUGUCGCCACAGAGGCCGAGGUCGUUGACGACAACUACAGUUUCUGGUUUCGUCGGGUGGUGUGGACUCAGCCUCUCAAGUUUGACAGCGAGCUCUACGUGGCCAUGCACUAUAACCAGAUAUUGCCAGACUACCGCAAAGGUCUCCUGAACGUUCUUCCACACGGACCAGUGAGCGAUCAACAGUUCCAGCAGAUCUCCAAGCUGGCGGCCUUGCAGCACCGAGCCAAAGACAUUCUCUUCAUCCCCAGCAUACACGAGCUGUCAGAGUACAUCGCUGCGCCUCUCUUCAAAAAGCAGUCGCCCCAGCAGUGGGUUACGAUGGCGACGCAGCACAUGCAGCAAGUGCAGACACUGAGUCCGCACAAGGCCCGAGCACAGUUCCUUGGUCUGAUCAGUGCGUUCCCCAUGUUCGGCUCGUCGUUCUUCUACAUCCACAGCAGCAGCUCCACCUCAUUUUACGCCCCAUGCAUUGUUGCUGUCAAUCAAAACGGUCUCCACUUCCUGCACAAAAGCACACAUGAAGUGAUGGCAAUGGUCCCCCUGGUGGAGGUGCAGUCCAGUCGCACCCAGAGACCGUCUGCUGGGUCAAGUUACCCCUACGUGGAUCUCUCCCUGGGCGACAUGGACACACAGCGGCUCAUUCAGAUGCAGCUGGAGCAGGGCCUGGAGCUGUGUCGAGUCAUCGCCAUGCAGGUGGAAAACAUGAUGUUGGUGCGUGAAAAGAGGCUCACCCUGCCGCCCAGCGAAAUCACCAUGCUGUAGCAAACGCUUCUCAAACUCGCAGCAGAUCAACACACAUGCGAGUCUUAUGCUUGCUACCUCCACAUGCUGCAACAUUAGGCACACCUGCACAGAGAUGUACCUGUACAUAAAUUACAUCUUAGACAAUAAGGCGCACGUUUGAUAUCCAUUUAAGAAUAUUUGUAUGUUUGAUAAAUCUUUGUUGAUUAGGUAGCAGGAUUGCUCAAAAACUGCACCUUGAAUUAGGGCUAAUUGGAGCAAUGACCCACUACAUCCAAGCAGAGGUAGUUACACGUGUUGUAAUGCCGAUUACUGCCACCUACAGGAAUGGAGUGAAAGCGUGUCACCCAGCACUUCACUAAUUUAGCCAUCAAAUGAGUCGAAUUGUGCCCUGCGAUUGGCUGGCAGUCCAGGGUGUACCCCCGCCUCUCACCCGAAGUCAGCUGGGAUAGGCUCUAGCAUACCCCCGUGACCCUAAUUAGGAUAAGCAGCAUAGAAAAUGGAUGGAUGGAUGGAUGGAUGGAUGGAUGGAUGAGUCGGAUUGACUAUUUUCUAUGCUAAACAUGAGAUUUUUCUCUUAUAUUUUUGUUUCUAAUUAUUUCUUUACACUGCGCAAGUGUGCCUAAGGUUGUAGUCGGUGAGCAUAUGUCUAGGCAUAUUUGUACCGCUUGUUUUCAAUUGUUGAAAUGUACAUUACCGUAAUAUCAGGACAAAUUUGAAACCAAUGUACUUUUAUUUGCUGAUUAAACAUGACUGAUGUGUCAUGUGUAUAGAAGUGGUUGAUAAAGCAUUUUGCAUCUUUUUUUUAAUUAGUUUUUUAAGUCCUUAUCGAUGUUUUCAGACAAAUGUAUUAUAUCUGCUCUGUUAUUUUGUAAA